UCGUAUGCUGUGGGAGAGUCGUCUUUAUGCACCGCUUCAUCCUGCUCUUUUUUGCCUUGGCUUGGGUGGUGGUUGUUCUUUCCACAGAUGCCAUUAGCAGGAUUCACCUCUUCUGAAUUUUACACUACAGCAGCGAAACAUGUCACAGCAACAGGAAGUCAAGGGUCUCACCGACGAAGAGGCUUACAAUGCGUGCAAAAACGCGGACCCGAUAACAAAGGAUUUCAUGAUGCAACAGACCAUGCUGAGGGUUAAAGACCCGAAGAAAUCUUUGGACUUCUACACCCGUAUACUAGGAAUGACGCUGCUGCAGAAGUUUGACUUCCCCUCCAUGCGCUUCUCCCUGUAUUUCCUUGGGUUUGAGGAAAAGAAGGAGAUUCCUAGCGACAAGAAGGAGAGAACAGCCUGGACCUUCUCCCGACGAGCCACCAUCGAGCUCACACAUAACUGGGGCACCGAAGUGGGGGAGGGCACAGACUACCACAACGGCAACUCUGACCCUCGGGGCUUCGGACACAUUGGGAUUGCAGUCCCUGAUGUCUAUGCUGCCUGUAAGCUGUUUGAGGAGCAGGGAGUGACGUUUGUGAAGAAGGCGGACGAUGGUAAAAUGAAGGGACUGGCUUUCAUCCAGGACCCGGAUGGCUACUGGAUUGAGAUUCUGAGUCCCAACAAUAUGGUCUCAAUCACGUCUUAGAACAGGAGGGAGGGAGAGAGGAACAGAGGGCACAGUCAUGGAGGAAGGGACACUGCAGCCCUAGCCAGUCAGCCAUAUUUACCACCCCAGUGAAAAGAGCACUUGCAUACUUCUAUCAAUUAUUGCAUCAUUAUCAACUGUGGACUAAAAUCCAAGGAAAAAUUUUCCAGCAUAAUAGUUCCCUUCCGUAGUUCAAAGAGCGAAAGGAUAACAAUAAAAACAGUAAACAAGUCAACCUUUAUUCUGUUUAUUUAGUAAAUUCAGCGGCAGGACGAGUGCUACUGACUCACUAGACGUAUUGACCAUGCCUUUGAGCAGCAUCUUCUGAACUGGUUGAAUCGGAUGUAGCGAUGGCAGGACAAACAAAGCUUUGAAACUGGAGCAUGCAGCUUCACCUGUAACUCUCCACGCAGCUGUGGUCUGAAUUGAAUCCAAAACUCCAGUGCCGUAGAUAUACAGUAGCACCUCUACUAUCCAAACUAAUCGGGGUUGUUAGACAGUGAAAUUGUUCGAAUUGACUUUCUCGAUCAAGAAACCUCCUACAGGGGCGCAUCCGGUAAAUGUCAUACAUUUACUAAAAUAGUAAUAAAAAUUGUUUUAAAAAGACCAAAUUUCCAUCUGGAAAAGGCAGCGUGUGUUCAUCUUCGCCACUCCUGUGUAAGCGCAGGGGUGGCAGCGGUGAGCCGAGCUUAAAUAAUAAUUGGAUAUUCUAAAUUGGGAGAAAAUAAUUAAAAAUAAUUGGCGACUACUAAAUUAAAAAGAAAAAAAAAGAAACCUAGAAAAUAUAUAGUACAACCCCUUUACAUGUAUAUACAUAAUGUUUCACUGCACUGUUCUGUAAAUAUCACAGAUUGAUGGCUGGUUAGUGUGUUUUUGUGACAACAGGGCAGGUUACCAAAUAAUGGAGGUUUUACUACAGCCAGGCUUCGUCUUGUGUGUCUGUAGCUGUGCUAUAGCUUUGAUUUAGGCCACAUCUUCUUUUUUUUUUUAUGGUGUUGAAAGCGGUGUGCUUAUGUUAAAUAUUGCUUGCUUGUAUGCCUUUAGGCUGCAGGGUUUGCCGGUGCAAUGGAGUGGAGUUUUGAAAAAAAAAGGAAUAAUAUAAUACAUUGGAGUUAUUACAUUGUGAAGAAUUCAACCAUUUAGUUUAUCGAGUCCUAAAGCUGUAUUUUAUUUUAAACAAAAAAAAGAAACAGCAGAAUUAUGCUGUCUGAGAAUCUCUGCACAGUACAGUAAUGGAGAAGACCUCACCGUCAGCCAAUGGCUGCUGCAGAACAAACACAUCUGUUUUAUGUUCUCAUGGUAGUUUGUUCAGAAUGCAUCUUGUAAUAAAUAUUUUUCCUCAAA